AUGGCUAGUCCUACUGUGCUUACCUUCGAUGCUGAGGGCCGUGCGGUCGAUAUUGAGGUUUGGGUAGAUGACUUGCAGCUCUAUCUUCAGUGCAACUCCAGGGACGGAGUCUCGCUGUUCGAUCACACGUCCGGCGCCUUUGUUGCACCUACUGCCGACGCUGACAGUACGGUUCGCUCGCAGUGGACUACUCAUGAUGCUGUUGCUCGCCUUGCUGUUCGUAGUCACCUGCCGUCUGCUGAGCGCACGCACUUUGGCCAGUACAAGACUGCUAAGUCUCUGUAUGAUGCUGUUGUCGCACGCUACUCCUCCCUUGCCUCUGCUGCCCUCAGCCACCUCAUGCUACCGUACUUGUUCCCUGACCUAGCCGCGUUUGCCACAGUCGCUGACCUCAUCUCUCACCUCCGCACUAGUGACACCCGCUACCGCGCUGCGCUUCCCUCCGAGUUUUGCGCCAAGAACCCCCCCCCCAUGUACAUCACCCUCUUCUACCUCGUUUCCCGCCUCCCUGACUCUCUCCGCUCACAUAGUCACAGUAGGAGCUUCUCGCGGCGACCCUCGCGCCCCUUCUUUGAGGGGUGCUCCCCCGACCCUCUUUUGACAUCUGUUGCUUCUGCUGCUGCUGUCGACCUCGUUGGCACCGAGGCGGUCGGGGCUGCGUCUGCUCCUAGUGGGAGGCGCCGCAGCGGCAAGGGCAAGGGGGGCAAGGGUGGUGGAGGGGACGGCGGGGGCGGCGGUGGUGGCGGUGGAGGAGGUGGAGGGGGUGGGAAUGGAGGUAUAGAGGCUACUGCUCUAGGUGCUAGUGAGUCUGCUGCUCCACGUACUGGUGAGCCUGCUGCUCCAGGUGCUGGUGAGUCUGCUCUCUCAGGUACUUCGCUUGCUGAGGCCUUGCACACUUUCACUCUUAACUCCAGUGCUUCCCGCUCUUUCUUUCGCGACUGCACCACACUCACGCCGCUCAGUCGGCCGGUUGCUGUCUUCCUGGCGGACCCCUCUAGGGGCCCAGUCCUUGCACAAUCCUCUACGGUUCUGCCAUGUUCGGCAAUCCCGUUUGGCCCAUUGUCGGGUCUUCACCUCCCCUCGUUCUCUACAAACUUGGUGAGUGGAGCUGACCUCCAGGACGUGUGGGUUGACCAGUAG